AUGGAAAGUAACAAUAUUUACAACAUUUGUCAACUAGAUGUCAAACAGGAAAGAACGCAUCAGUCAAUUAUAAUUUACAUACUGAAUGAGAAAGGAUAUGUAGUAGUGCGUCGUAAGUCUAUUUGAAUGCUUAAAAAUGUUUUUUUUUGUCAGACAUCUUAUUCCAAAAAUCACAGGACAAGUCGAUUUUAUUGGCAUUAUGACAACUCAGCCCAUCUAAAAUCAGGCCAAUUUAAGCCGGGUUGUUUAAUAUAUAUUAGGCUUAAGCGGCUAAGCCUAAGUCUCGGCGGGCUAAAGUAUCAAAGGUUUCAAAUCGGCCGGGUUGUCGGGACGCGUAAAAACUUUAAUGUUAUGAUGUGUUCUUUCAGGAGCAGACAAAUUAAGCUUAUACGAAAUUGUAACCGGCCAAUGUACUUUUAGUCGUCCCUUUCAUAUUAAUAGAACACGAUGGGUGGUUAUGAGUGAAGAUUUAAUUGCAGACAACUUAGCAGACAAAGUAUGUUAAUUUAAAAGCUUAAAAGUAAAACUACGUUAUUAAAAGUAUUUACUAAUUAAAACAGUACAUUUUCCACAUAAGGCGCGCACACCCGAAAGUACCCUAUUUGCAACGCUCAAAUUUUCUUCCGAUUUUUUAAUGAAAAGCAUGUAAAUGUAAGAACUUACAGAAUAUUAGGCUGUGGUUUACGGCCAGUCUUGAGGAAACCACGACCAAAACCUCAGGGUUUGAAUUUCCGUCACAACUUCGGCAUUUUUUGCCUUAUAGUUUUUUUAAUAUUACGCUGAAACUUUUGUAAAUGGAUUUUUGUCAUUUUUAAAUAUGUGAACAUAUAACACAGAGUUGCAGGUUGGGUACUUUGCUUAUCAGGGAAAAAAAACUUACUUUCCAACUCACUAUCAUAAAAACUCCAUCGCUUCUUUUAUAUGUAGUGUGGACAAAAAAUACAAAUUGUAAUUUUUUGAUUGAGCGCAUUAACUUUAAAAACAAAAAUUUUAGGCUGUUUGGUAUAACAAAAACAACAAAAAGUGGGAGUUUAAGGUUUAUACAAAAUCAAUAGCAGUUGAAAUACUCAAGUUUAUCAGUCUUCCAUUAUCAAACGUUUAUCCACACUACGCUAGGCUUGGAGGUAAAUAUGAUAUAUUGUUAUACGUCGAUUUCAAUAAAAGUAAGUAUUUGAAACAGCCAACAAAUUAUUAAAAAGAAAUAUUAAACACUAAAAUCAAAAAAAAUUUUAGCCAAUCCAACGUUUAUCGAGUUUGAUGCUAAGUAUCCAUACGAUACCAUGAAACAACAUCCAUUAAGUCAAAUCCGGAAGUUAAAAAUAUCCGGUCUUGGCAAAGAACAGCAACUGAAACAUAUUUAUCGACGGUUUAAUCGUAUUUUAACAAUUGCUCCUAAAUGGAAAAAUAUUAAUUAA